CCCCGCCGGGGUCCCGGACGGCCAGGUCUACCCUCCGCCACCCCCCCAAGCCCGCCGCCGCCAUGCCGACCCACCGCCUGGUGAUCGUGCGCCACGGAGAGAGCACGUGGAACCAGGAGAACCGCUUCUGCGGCUGGUUCGACGCGGAGCUGAGCGAGAAGGGGGCGGAGGAGGCCCGGCGAGGGGCCCAGGCGGUCAAGGCCGCCGGCUACCAGUUCGACGUGUGCUACACCUCGGUGCUGAAGCGCGCCAUCCGCACGCUCUGGACCAUCAUGGACGGCGUGGACCAGAUGUGGGUGCCGGUGGUGCGCACCUGGCGCCUCAACGAGCGCCACUACGGAGGCCUCACCGGCCUCAACAAGGCGGAGACGGCGGCCAAGCACGGCGAGGACCAGGUGAAGAUCUGGCGCCGCUCCUUCGACAUCCCCCCGCCCCCCAUGGACGAGCAACACCCCUACCACGCUGUCAUCAGCAAGGAGCGGAGAUAUGCAGGCCUGAAGCCAGGGGAGCUGCCUACCUGCGAGAGCCUGAAGGACACCAUCGCCCGGGCCCUGCCCUUUUGGAACGAGGAAAUCGCCCCCCAGAUCAAGGCAGGGAAGAACGUGCUCAUCGCGGCCCACGGCAACAGCCUCCGCGGCAUCGUCAAGCACCUGGAAGGCCUGUCGGACGCAGCCAUCAUGGAGCUGAACCUUCCCACGGGCAUCCCCAUCGUCUAUGAGCUCGACGACGCCCUCAAGCCCACCAAGCCCAUGCAGUUCCUGGGGGACGAGGAGACGGUGCGCAAGGCUAUGGAGGCCGUGGCCGCCCAGGGCAAAGUCAAGAAGUGAGGCCGGCCAAUAAAGCGGCUCAGCUCCAA